AUGUUCUUACCCUGCGGUGAGGGCUUCGCAAAGCGGAAGAUCGGUACGCACGCUACAAACACUCUCGCCCUCACUGAAAUCAGACGCCUUACCACCGAUAGGAUGAGAGACUGCAAACUUUGGAAGAGAAACUGGAUCUCCUCCUCAGUGGAGGGGGCUUGUAAUACGACACCGCACGCGAACCAUGCUUCGUUCAGACCAUCUGACCGGGUUCUUAGACCGAACCACCACGCGCGUCAAGGACCUACACAAACACAAACUCAACGACAGGCAACGUAUGAAGAAGUUACCGAUGCGUCGGAAAAGUCAUUCUCGUCGACGCCGCCGUCUCGGAGGAACCGGCAGGACUACCCGACGACCGACAACAGCAAUUCUUCCGUCGUCUUUGACCCAGACGAGAUGGCGACGGGCAUUAACCUCUACUUCAAGUACUGCCACCGACAGCCGAUAUGGUGUUUUGAGAGAGACGAAGUCGGCGACUACGAUUCGUUGCCCGAGGAGCUCGCGAGCAGCAUUCUCGCGCUGACGUCGCGGUUUUCAGAGCAGCGCGAUCACAUGCAGCUCUACAGCAGCAAUGCAAAGACACUCAUCAUGCUUCGCAUCGCGAAUGGCACGGUAGACAUUACGACAAUAGAGAGUUUAUGUCUUCUUUCGUAUGCCUCUUUCGUAGACGGCAACGUUCACCUGGGCCAAUUCCACCUUGGCCUUUCACUCCAGCUGUGCCGAUCAGCCAUGCUGGACAUGGAAUCUGUUUAUGCGGUGGAUGAUUCAACAACGGACCGGAAGAAGAGGCUUUUUUGGAGUCUUCAGUUACUGGAGCAGUCCUACGGCCGCCAGGACGGACUGUUGAGUUUUCCCAACCACGUGCGUCGGCCUACGCUCCCAUCAAACGGAAACCAGCCGGAGCAGGACUCGUGCAAGGCGCCGCCGCUACCUCGAGAUGACCUCGGAACCUCGACACCGGGCGAAACCGGCAUCUGGAACACGAGCGUCUGUCUGGGAUGGGUCUGGAGCCAGGUCAGGAAGUACGUGUCGGAUUGCUCGCGCAAUAUCCUCAAGGAACCAUGGCGGCACGACUCGACCUACGCCAAGGUGCUCUCCGAUUUCAUGGAGACGGAGAACAGGAUCCCCAUGUGCCACCGUUACGACUCGGUCAAGUUUUACGAGCGGAAAAUCGACGAAGUCAAGGUGAACCGGGACUACUGGGCGCCAUGGCUGAAGGAGCAAUUCACGUACCACGCGAUACCCACCGUCCUGAACCAUCCGUUUCUCUACAUAGUCGGAGCCCAGCACAACCCGAACCUCGGGAUCCCCAAUACGUUCUGGAGGCGGUCGUCCGAGCAGGCUCUGCUCCAUGCCACUUGGAUCGUCCGGAUGAUUGACAUGGUUGUCGACAAGCAGGUGCCGCUGGUGGACCCUUUCUUUGGGCACGUUGCUGCGAUUGCGGCGACGGUGCAUCUCUACUACUGCUGUGCCGCGGCGGCGAGAUUGAAGCACAAGUCCAACACGGACUUUGCAAAGUGCAGGAGGUUCCUCAAGAGCUUCAUCCCAUGUUCCGCAGCGUGUGGCGCAUUGGACCGCAACCUCGACAGGAUGACACGCAUUGCUGCGGGGAGCGAGAACAUGGACGUGGAAGACUGGAUGCCGUCCAAAAUCUACCUCAGCGUCCCCUUGAUGUGGGAGAUUCUGCAGUUCAACUCCACGACCGACUCGCAGGAGAUCCCGACCGCCGGCCUCCUGGACGCAUCGCUCACACCCGUGGUACCACCCGUUGAUACGAGCGACAGCUCGACUCUCGAAAUCAUUGUGGCCACCUCUCCAGAGAUCACAAUCAAUAUUGCCGACGGCGGGCAAGAGGCGCCGACGUCGAACUAUAAGAGGACGCACAACGUUUCGUCGAACCAGGCCAACUCGACAUCCACAUCCACAUCCACAUCUACAUCAUCUUCGUCGUCGGCGUCGGCGUCACGGGCCGCCGUGUUUGACCCGCCGACUGUCGAGCAGAUUGAUAGUUUGACCUUCAACACCACGCCGUGGCUGUAUGCGGACCCGUCGCAGCUCGUGGGCAUGGGGGAUAUGAGCUACCCGCAGUCGGAACCGGGGAAUGCGUGGUGGGAGGGGGAAAACUUUAACAACAUCAUGUUUAAUCAACUCUAG